AUGGCCCUGGUGAUUGAUGAGCAUAUGCUCAUGCACUUCUCGAACUGGGCCUCAGUCCUGGUGUUGGUGCUCUGCCUGGUGUAUACCUUCCUGUCGGUCAAUUCCGGCGCCGACGAGGCCGGAUCUUGCGACCGAGGCAAGAUCGAUUCGCAUCCGGUUUUCCGCUACGUCCCUCUCUCGGGUGCCAAGCGGGCCGCCACCCCCGCCGGCAACGCCGCCUCGGGCAGUGGUCCGGCCUCGGCUGCGGCCAUCGCCUCCGGCACCACCGCCGCUACCACCACCACCUCGAACGCGACCCCUGCUGCCACUCCGGUGGCUGAGCCCUCCCCCGGCCCCCGGCGCCGGCGGAACUGA